CGUGAUAUUCGACCAAUGGCAGAACAGUACGGCUAUGACGUCAUAUCGUUUACGUUUCGAAUGCUAUCAUAUCAUCAUUUUGUUGGUCGGUCGGUUGGUUCGUUUGAUACAAAAAAUAGCUUCAAACUUCAAAUCUACAUUGAAGAUUCCGUGAAUUUAGUCGCUUGAUUUAGCCGAUUUAACAAUGUCGGGGAAGAAAUGCAAGCACUGUGGCUCGUCGGAGAUAGAAGUAGAUCCCGCUCGUGGUGAUGCGGUGUGUACAAACUGCGGAACUGUGUUGGAAGACAACAUAAUCGUAGCCGAAAUAGAGUUCCAGGAGAAUGCUCACGGUGGAGCCUCUGCUAUUGGCCAGUUUGUGUCUGCUGAGUCUAAAGGAGGUGCAACUGGGUUUGGAGGAGCUUUCAAUGCGGGUAUUGGUCAAGAAUCCAGAGAAGUAACGUUACGAAAAGCCCGAGAUGGUAUCACAGCACUCUGCCAGCAACUACGACUCAACCAGCAAUGCAUAGACAUAGCUUGCAACUUUUUCAAGAUGGCACUGUCCCGGCAUCUCACCAUUGGCCGGCCGGCGAGCCACACGCAAGCGGCUUGUGUGUAUAUGACGUGCAGAACUGAGGGCACAGCGCAUCUCUUAAUCGACAUCAGCGACGCACUGCAAAUCUGCUGCUACCAACUCGGCCGCACGUACUUCAGGCUUUCUCGAGCUCUGUGCAUCAACAUUCCACCUACUGAUCCAUGUCUCUACAUCCUGCGCUUCUCCUCGCAGCUUCAGUUCGAAGACAAGUCGCACGAAGUCAGCAUGACAGCGCUUCGGUUAGUUCAGAGGAUGAAGCGAGACUCCAUACAUUCGGGGAGGCGACCUUCUGGCAUUUGUGGCGCUGCGCUCCUAAUAGCUGCUCGUCUGCACAAUUUCUCUCGCACACCGGCCGACGUGGUCCGGAUAGUCAAAGUCCACGAGUGCACUCUUCGCAAGAGACUCAUGGAGUUUGGUGACACGCCGUCCAGCGCGCUGACUCUUGAGGAGUUCAUGACUGUGGACCUAGAGGAAGAGCAGGACCCGCCGGCGUUCAGAGCGGCUAGGAAGAAAGACAGAGAAAGACUACAAAAGUUGAUGGAAGAAGAGGACGGCGAGAAGGAAAUGACUGACCUGCAGAAAGAGAUAGACACACAGUUAGAAAAGGACAACUCUAGAAGAAAGAAAUUGGCCGCUGCGGCUGCAUUGACGAACACUCCCCGGUCAAUACUGAGCGAUGACGGCGCGUUAGAAGACGCGGAGGCUUCCCGCUUCGCUGCGGAAGACACGUUGAAUCUCCUCGGGGAGAUGGCUAGCGAAGUGCAGCCCAAGUCAGAAGCUUCGCAGAAGCAGGAGAAACUCAAGCUAGAGAAAGGACUAGGUCCAGACUUAGCAGUAAUAGGUCUAGGGAACCGCCCAGACCAACCCGAGGAGAAAGAAAAAGAUAAGUUCCUAAAACCCGAGCCAAAACCCCAAUACGGCGCAGACUUAGUAGCAGAUGAACUAAUACUUGCUCCUAGUGAUGAAGAAUACGUCAGUUCGCUUAUCAUGAGUGAAGAGGAAGCGAGACAUAAGACUCAGAUGUGGAAUCGAAUCAAUGCUGGAUAUUUGAGGGAUCAGAAAAUCAAAGAAGAAAUGCGAGCUCGAGAAAAAGAAGAAGGCAAAGACAAAAAGAAGAAAGUCCGCGGCUCGUACAAAAAGAAGAUUCCAUGCAACGCCGCUACUGCCGGUGAAGCUAUAGAGAAGAUGUUAGCGGAGAAGAGAAUUAGUAUGAAGAUCAAUUAUAAUAUAUUGAAGACGUUAGACCAUCCGGGGGCUCCUAUGUCACCUGUGAGGGAAGCUGCUACCCCAGUUCCUGAAUCAAAACCGCCCACGCCAGCUCCAGUACCGGCGUCACCAGUGCCCAAGAAGCGCAAGAAGAAGGCUCCUCCCGCCACGCUCAACAUCGCUAGUCCUGCUACGCCAGGUCCGGCUACCCCCGCACCGGUCACGCCUGCACCGGCUACGCCAGCUCCCAUAGAUGCAGGCGACGAUUACGACGAAGACGUAGAAGUGGAACCCACCGCCGCCGCAGAAGAGCUGUCUCUAGGCGCCCUACUGCGAAACGGACAGGAGGACGAUUACUACGAUUAUGACGAGUACUAAAUAAAUAAAUAUAAAUAAUAAUAAAUAUUGGGGACACCUUAUUACACAGAUCAACUUAGCCCCAAACUAAGCAAAGCUUGUACUAUUGGGUGCUAAGCGACGAUAUACAU